UGCUCAAGGCAAUCAUAUCCUUACAGGUCGGGGAAAACAGCGACUGCUUCUUCUCCAGGUCCAAAUUCUACAUCACCAUGUCAAACUCGUUCAACACUGACGCAUACUGGUGCACCCAGCCUCCGCCCAGACUUUGGCGGGUGGUCCAUUGCAACACUAAGGCGUAUGAGGACAAUGAGACGGGGGGCCUCGUCGCGCGUGACAGCACCCGUCAGUUCUUGAGCCAGCAGGACCUGACGGAAGCUGUCCAAAGCCACCUCGACUGGAACCCCAAACAGAACAGCUGCUUCCAGUCUACGUUUUUCAACUGGGACCACGCUCGCAACUGGACGCGAUGGCAAAAUGACAAGGACAUUAUGAGAUGCGGGCAGAAAAACAUCGAAAUCACUCUUAUAGAUUCGUCCAAGCUUGUCCAAUCCACGGAUAUCUUUAUACCGCAGUCCUUUUCGGAAUUGGACCUGCAGAGGGAGCCGAAACCCGACGAGGUGCUUGUUUUGCAUCGGAUGCGAUUGCGGCUAUUGGGUAGCACCUCGAAAACAGAUACCCGGACGCCUUCAUAUCGGGAAAAUGGGCUGGGAUCCAGCAGGAAAACGAGUGUGAUGUGACGCCGGGUAGCUUGUCGCGGGCACGCAGUCGAAGGAUCCCGUGAGAUCCCUCGCAGCAGAGAGGGUAGGAGAUGCAGGUGACGGCUAUCACUCGAGGUCCAUUGAUCACACCCCCAAGCAUGCAGAUGCAGAUUCCAUGUCACCUGGCGA